CGCGCGCCCCAGCGGCGCGAGCGGAAGAGAUAGAGCUUCGCGGAGACGGCGGAAGCGGAGAGCGACAGCGCGCGGGUGAGGCUGCUGUCUGUCAGAAAGGAACUUUUAUACAGUUUGCCUUCAGAGACAGUCUAUCUGCAUGUUGUAGAGUUUUAUUAUUAAGAAAAUAAAUGUUACUUACAUGAUGGUUUUACUCAGCAUUUGGUGUGGUAGAUCUUACAUAAACCUUUAAAACUUACAUUAGAGUGUUCAAGUCUUCUGAGACUCCAGAGUCACCUAAGAUUGUGUUGAUGCCAUGCAGCAAGAAGCAGAGAGAUGCAGAGUUCGAGCCAGAAGGCCUGACAUGGCACUUUAUGUACCUAAAGCUCGAAGGGGUGCAGUACUCCUUAGGACAGGUGAUGAAGAAGAAAGCUGUGGUUCACCUAACUCUGUGGUGAAAGAAAAGCAAAAAGAAAGCUCUCUCUCCCAAAAAGAAGUCUUUAGAGACAAACCAGAGGCUCGAAGACUAGGUAUCAAUCCUGAUAGAAAGGAGCAUAACUGUAGAGAAGGAAAAAAAUCUUCAACAAAAUUAAGAAAGGACACAUGCCUUCAAAAAACAAAUAGAGUUUGUUCUAAGAGAGGAACCACUGAAUCCAAAGAAGUAUUAUCCCAAGGACAUCAGCAGGGAGCCCCAAAUGCUGGGGUUAUAACUAAUGCACCUUUACAGAGACAUUGUAAACCAAAGAAAGUGGAGUGUUUGGAAGUUGAAACUACAGAUGUGACAGGACAUGAGAGGAUACUUCUGUCACAGGCCUGUUCAGAAAUCAGUGAGGCUCAGGUUCCAAGCAAACCAUUCCAAAAUCUGGAAUUCUGUGACUUCAGUAGGCAUGAACCUGAUGGGGAAACAUUUGAACACAAAGAUUUGGAAGGCAGAAUUGAAACUAAUACCAAGGUUUUGGAGAUACUAUAUGAGUUUCCUAGAGUUUUUAGUUCUGUCAUGAAACCUGAGAAUAUGAUUGUACCAAUAAAACUAAGCUCUGAUUCUGAAAUUGUGCAACAAAGCAUGCAAACAUCAGAUGGAAUAUUGAAGCCCAGCAGCGGAGGCAUCACCACUACUUCUGUUCCUGGAAGUCCAGAUGGUGUCUUUGAUCAAACUUGCAUAGAUUUUGAAGCUGAGAAUGUAGGUGGUAUAGCCAAUAGUACAGGUUUCAUCUUAGAUCAAAAAGAUACAGAUUCCAUUCCUGAAACUAUGGGUCACAUCUCUCUGUCAGAGAGCACAAAUGACACUGUUAGUCCAGUGAUGAUUGGAGAAUGUGAGAAGAAUGACAUUACUGCUGAUGAGUUACAUGUAAAACACGAACCUCCUGAUACAACUGUCCUUGCUCAUGAAACACAUAGAGGUAAUGAAUUUAAGAAUGUAGGUGACAUUACCAAUAAAGCAUGUAUGAUGGACACCACAGUUACGUCCUGUAGUGAUCAUGUAACUGUUGAUAGCUCUUAUGUAGUUGCAGUUAGAAUAGCUGAUGAGAUCUCUAAUAAUACACGAAGUUUCUCAAAGUUUAUAGGAAUGAGUGCAGAUGCAAUCCCUCUUCAUGUAGCUGGAAGUGGGAAUGACACUGAAAAUUUCAGCAACCUGACUGCUUGCUCAGGUAUUUAUGCUGAGAGUAUUUCAUCUUGUUUUACAGAGUCAACAGGAAAGUUGAUAGAGAGCUUGUCAGAUUGUGCUUCCUCCUUACCUAUAAAAAAGAUUGCUGGUAGUAAUUAUAACACUUUUUUGGACUCUGAACUCAAUAUGUUAAAUGGGACAAAAGUACUUUCAGACAGUGCCGUGGGCAUUGAUCUGGGUAGUGCUGGUGAUACAACAGAAGCAUCGCACGAACUAAGAACUGCCAAAGAGUUCAAAACAAAAGAGCAAGAUGACUCAGAGAAUGUAGAAUUUGGUGUAUCUUUUCCUGAUAGGGAAUCAUUAUCUGUGGAAACAUCCAUUGAACCAAAAGCAAAUGAAACUUCUCACACAGAGGGAAUUACUGCCACUGAGGAGAGCUGGGAAUCUAUGUUUAACGAUGAUGGUGACUGCCUGGAUCCACGUCUUCUACAAGAGGUGAUUCUGAUGCAUAUAAAGCUUGAGAACUACUGCUCAAAGUUAUCAGGGAAUACGAAGGGCAGAGAGAGCAUCCAGGAACCUAGAUUUGAUUACUACAACCAUGAAGUUCCUGAUAUUGACCUCAGUGAUUGUGAAUUCCCACAUGUCAUUGAAAUUUAUGACUUUCCCCAAGAAUUUCGUACUGAAGACCUUCUACGGGUUUUCUGCAGUUAUCAAAAGAAAGGAUUUGAUAUUAAAUGGGUGGAUGAUACACAUGCCCUAGGAGUAUUCUCCAGUCCAAUUACAGCUCGUGAUGCGUUGGGUAUUAAACACACCAUGGUGAAGAUUCGUCCCUUGUCACAGGCCACAAGAGCAGCCAAGGCCAAAGCUAGAGCUUAUGCUGAGUUCCUCCAGCCAGCAAAGGAGCGUCCUGAGACUUCAGCAGCCCUAGCCAGAAGGUUAGUCAUCAGUGCCCUUGGGGUUCGAAGUAAGCAGAGCAAAACCGAACGAGAAGCAGAGCUCAAGAAACUGCAAGAAGCCAGAGAGAGAAAGCGGUUGGAAGCCAAGCAACGAGAAGACAUCUGGGAAGGCAGAGACCAGUCUGCAGUUUGAACAUCACUCAAUGAAAAGGAUAAUUCCAUGAAUCAGAAAAUGUUUCCAUAGUCUUCAGAUAAGAGGAUCCUUCCAGAGCUCUGUGUACAUGCAGAUGUGCAUGUUAAAGAGAUAAAGUGAUCGAGACAAGGACUGACUGGGUAUAGAAGGAAGACAGACUCCUAUCUUUACUCCUAAAUGCAGUUCUUUGGAAUCACCCUACUAUGAUGGGCAUAGUAGGGAGCCAUCAACUAGGAAGAAACGUGGGAGAUGUGAAUUCCAGGAGUCCCCUGGACAGGGCAAGUCAUGUUAGUGUGGGUCACACUUCCAAGAUAUUUAAAGCAAAUGCAAAAUAGAGCAGAGGAUUCAAACCGCAAGAACGGGAGAUUUAGGCCAUGCAAAGGCAGAGCAUUCCUUAGUACCUCACAAAACAGAAUAAUACUGGAGGCAGAGUAGGGGGUGGAUAGAGAGUGGUUAGUACAAAGAGACAGAACAAUGUCUGGUUUACUUGGCCUACACAGAAUCUACACUGCUGGUUCCAGAACUCCAAAGUUGGUGAUGUGGGUGGUUAGACUCCAAAGUUUAUACUGAGCUCAGUGCCUGGGACCGUUCCAGCUGUACUGCAGCCAGGGGGGAUGCCAGCUUCAUUCCUCAGAGUAAACCAACCUUGGGAGCUGUGUGCCAGUUCCAGUGUAAGCAGUAAUACCAUGUUGUAAGAGCGGACAUUAAAGCCCAUUUUAUGACAUAU